AUGUCCAUAUUUGCCCGUUUAAUUGGCGCCAAGACUCUCUUCUUCCUUCUCAUCCUCUACACCUCCACUCUACUUGCAAUCGACGUUACCUUUGACAUAUCCACAAAAGGGGACUUUUACAACAUCAUAGAGCACCUGGAAUACAACAAGGAUGUUGUGGAGCGUACUUAUAUUCCGCAUUCAGACUGCAAGAUCAAGAGAAUCAUCGACGGUAACGAGAUCCUCUGGGACGCCGAACCUGGGACUGAGUGCGGGAAUCUGACGGUCUUUGCUCUGGGUAGUGAAAGGAAAAUGCUCUCCAUCAGAGUAAUGACUGCGAGCGGUUCCGAAUUCAUCUGGAUGGAGAGGUUUAGGAGCCACUGGAGGUUCAUGGCUGAUGAAGAGUUUGGCAAGUGUUGGUACCAACUGCAUCACGGAAGAGAGCUGAAGUUGGAGGACCCGCAUAGUCACACCUUCAAGGCCGAGGAAUGCAAGUCCAUCUACGGAAAGGGGCUGAGGAUUAUGCCGAUUUUGGACUACAAGAUCAGGUCGGUGACUUGUCUCGGGGAGGAGCUCUGGAGCUCAGACGAACUAGACUGCGAGUUUGUCAUUGUCUACGGAGACUUUACAGACCCAAGGUGGGUGAGCAUAACCAUAAACUUUGGUGGAAUCUACCAUACCGUGUACUUUCAGAGAACAGCGAUAGAGUGGAAGACGCGCUCAUUUGAGGAGUUUUCAGAGGAGAUUAAAAGGGCAAGAAUUUAUAGUGACGAUCCAGGAGAAGGCUGUUCAUACGUGACGCACUUUUACAGGCAUUCAGCCCCUAGAAGGAGUGCAGUUAGGACGGGGACGAAUACGGCGGAAGCCAAUGCUGGCCAUUGGAAUUUUAUAAAUUACACCGAGGAAGAGAUUAAGGAUUUGUAUUAUGAAUGCGCUAGCGGCCAAAGAGAGUAG